AUGAGCUCACUAAGUUACUCUCCCCAAGCUAAAGAAAAUGAGGUCUGUUGGACGGAGAAAGAAACUCCCGCGCUGAACAUUUACGUGAAAGAAGAAGAAUUUACUGUGAAAGAAGAGGAAGUGGAGGAAGCUAUCACAGUGAAAGAAGAACAGGAUGUUACGGUAGAGGAAGAAGCUUUCGGUGUGAAAGAGGAGGGUGCUGUGUUUGUACUGAAAGAGGAGGAGAUGACUGUCACAUUGAAAGAAGAGGAAGAACUUUUUGAAAUGAAGGAGGAGGGGGAGAUUACUGAGAGAGACUCUCACUCUGACAGAGGGAAGAGUCCUUCAGGGGAACCAGACCAAGAGACGUCCAAACCAGCAAGACAACACCCCUGCUCCCAGUGUGGAAAGAGAUUUUCUGUAUCAGGGCAAUUGAAAAAGCAUGAGAGAAUACACACAGGAGAGAAGCCCUACCAGUGCUCCCAGUGUGGAAAAAGAUUUUCUGUAUCAGGGCAAUUGAAAUUACAUGAGCGGACACACACAGGAGAGAAGCCCUAUCAAUGCUCCCAGUGUAAAACGAGAUUUUCUCAGUUAGGGAAUUUGAAAUCACAUGAGAGGACACACACAGGAGAGAAGCCUUACCACUGUUGCCAGUGUGGAAAGAGUUUUUCCCUAUCAGGGUCCCUUAAAAAGCAUGAGCAAACACAUUCUGUAGAAAAGCCUUUCCACUGUUCACAAUGUGAAAAGAGUUUUACGAAUUUAGAGUACCUGAAAAUGCAUGAGAAAAGACAUACACGGGAGAAGCCUUUUCACUGCUCCCACUGUGGAAUGAAAUUUACCUGGUUUCAGCAACUGAAGGAGCAUGAAAGAAUCCACACCAGAGAGAAACGUUAUGAAUGCUCCCAGUGUGGAAAGAUAUUUACCCAGUUAGGGCACCUGAAAGACCAUGAGAUAACACACACAGGAAAGAGGCCUUACCACUGCUCCCAGUGUGGAAAGGAAUAUAACACGUCAAAUGGACUAAAAGUUCAUGAGAGAACACACAUACUGCUCCCACACUUGUCUCAUAUUUUUGACUGAGAAAUUGUGCUUUUGUUUAACGGCACAUGAAAUCAAAUUGUAUAAAGCGCAUUCCAAAAGACAUUUGUAUGUUUUUUUUAUUUAAACACCUGAACUGAAUAUGGAGGAUGUCAGUUUGAAAGUAGAGUUUGUCAGUUUGAAUGUAGAUACUGUAGUGUCGAGAUAACGAUGCUAAUUAUGCUGUGAUGACAAGAAAUCCGCUGACACUGUCCUUGAUUAUAAUGGUUUAUUACAUCAAAGA